AUGGAAUCAAGCUCACAACGGAUUGAUGUUCAGCAAACUAGAGAAUCUGUGACAAACAACAGCGCUGUCAACGGCUUCACUGGUUCUGUGGGAAACACUCCAUUGGUAAGGAGAUCCAUCUGCGAAGACAAGCUGACAGGAUGCAAAAUAUACGGAUUCCAAAACCCCGGGGACAGCGUUAAAGGCCGUGCUGCUGUCAGCAUAAUUCAGGAUGUGGAAAACAAGGCAUUCAGUGUUGAGGAUGUAUCCAGAAUAAAACCUGGUGGAACCGUUGUCGACGGUACUGCAGGCAACACUGGUAUUGGCCUUGCACAUGUUUGUAGAGCCAGGGGCUACGAGUGUAAUAUCGACCUUCUCCGGAUGCUCGGGGCCGAGGUCUAUCCAGCGCUGAUUCCCUACGAGAACCCAUUGAGUUACAAUCACCAGGCGAAGGAGUACGCUGAAAAGCUCGAGAAUGCCAUAUGGAUAGACCAAUUCGAAAACACCGCGAAUUCGUACGCCCACUAUAUCUUUACUGGGCCCGAAAUAUGGGAACAGACGAAGGGUGAGAUCGACGACUUCGCUUGUGCAAGCGGUACUGGCGGCACUCUGGCUGGAGUUGGCAACAGGACGCAAAUAUGGCUCGUCGAUUCACCUGGAAGCGUCUUAUACGAAUACGUAACUUCCGGUGGAAAUCUCGUCGAGCGUUCUCUAAGUUCCGUCACAGAAGGUCAGACUUCCCUGCGUGUUGUUGUGAUCGUGAUAGCUGAACACUCCACCAUGUCCUUUAAUUUGGGCACUUUUGUCAAUUAUCUUACGGGGGCACUUCACAUCAUAUGGGACGAGGAGGCGAUAUUCAUGUCAUAUCAACUUCUUGAUACAGAAAGUUUGUACAUAAGCGCUUCCUCAGCGCUGAAUUCUAAAGUUGUGACGAUAUUGUGCGAUGGCGCUCACCGGUACCCGAGCCGCUUAUUCUCAAAGAAAUGGCUAGAAUCGAAUGGGCUAGGGCACACCAUACCAGACAGCCUAAGGAAGUAUGCGGUUCUAGAUUAA